UUGAGGAUUGUUGUUUUCAUGACGAGAAUAUAAAUACAAUUUUAUUUUCUUUCGAUAACUGAUAAGCAUUAAACAUGUUGCGUACUAAAAUUCAUAUAGCUCUCAGUGCGUUGGGGGUGUUUUUCGGGCUAUCGGCAUUUAUUUGUUUUUGCAUCGUUUAUGCAAAUAUUGAAGCUGGCGUGUGGGCGUUACUUUCAGGUAUUCACGCAUCGCUAACUCUGAUGUUACACUGUCAUUACCUGAAGCAAUCCUUGCAUGUUAACUUCUCGAGAAAAGCUCUACAGUAUUUUGGUGACUUUGGCAUGGUCGGAUUCGUGUCUGGGCUCGCUCUGACACUAUUCUAUGCAUUCCUAGAAAUAUAUUACAAAGCUGACAUUGUUCCAAUAAAAACGAGUAUUGUCAUCCGCCUUAUAUGGUCGUUUAUGAUGAUGAAGUGGGGUCUACUGCUGUAUAUGUUCACCAAGAAGUAUCUUAAGACUUACAAUGAUCACCAGCUGUUUGCAGAGAACCCAAAUGUUGAGGAGACAUGAAUGUAGGAGGUAGUUCGCUGUAUAUUUAGUUAAGAUUACUUUAAGACUUAAACAUAAAUGCAGAUUUAGCUACAUUGCAGUCUUUUGCUUCAAGACAUGCAGAUAGAGAGCAAAGCAAAGUUUUAUUAUGGUACCUACUCUUAAUGUUAUUAAAAUACAGUGCAUGUGUAUUUAUUUAUUUAUUUUGAUUCACCAACAGAAUAUCAUCUCACUUUGAACCUGACAUAAAAAUGUCCUUGAGUGGAAAGCUUACAUGCACUUUGCUUAAAGAAUUUACAGACAAUUUUUAAAUGCUUUAAUAAAAUUCUCUCUGCUUUGCUUCUCUGUCUGUACUAACUCUUAUUGUACAGAACUAAAAUGUGUUAAGUUACAUAAAGCUUCUUAUAAAGAAUACAGCAUGCAAUGUGGCACAACUCUGUGUUACCUCUACAGUCUACUAUCUUUUCAAUUUAGUAUCUAUUAACUGUAUUACUUAAUUUUUUGUGAUAUUUAUUAUUCAUGUUACAAAAUUAGACUGAAAAUUGAAAUGGUGAAGGUAUUAGAUAGUAUUUAGAAUUUAUUUUUUAGUUUUACAUUGAUACAUAGUUUCAGAUUUAAGUUGUAUCACAAGUCUUAAGUUUUAUAAUUUUACAAUAUAAAAUAUGUUAUUGUUACUCACUAAAGGCUAUCCAGUUAAGUCUAUUGGUAUUUAACUGUUAUUAUUUCAUAUUUGUAACAAAAUAAUUGGAGUUUAAUCACAAACUAUUAACAUAAUAAUUAUUUUGUUAUAUAUCAGUGUUUUUGUAAAGGUAAAUGGGUUUAUGUACAUUUUAUCAUUCACAAUGACAAUAAUGUUUGUAUAGCUCUAAAAUAGAUUUAUAUAUUACUAUUAUUAUUACAUUUAUACUUCACUGUGUAUUUAAUCUAUACUAAUAUUAUAGGGAAAGCUUUGUUUCCACUGAAUGGGAAUGAAUAAUACUGGACUAGUUUUGAUAAAAUUGACAGAAACACAGAUUCGACUGGGGAAGAACAUGGGCCAGUUUUUAUAGCUUUUCAAUGUAAGGUUCCCAUGGGACGUUUUUCUGGGUGUGAGGAUUUUAUAAAAUUAAGAAUGAAUUUCUAACUCAGGGCCUCUAAAUGCUUAAGUUAGUAUAUUUAGUUUAUAUAUAAACACUUUUAUGUUGUUUAGUAAAUGCUUACAAAAACUUAAUCCAUGAAAUUGCAAAAUAUAAAAGUAAAAGUUUUGUAUAACAAUUUCAUUUAUGGUCAAGUGGUAAUAGUUAUGAAUUGAUACUUUUUCAAAUGCUCUUUGGUAUCUUUUCUUGUAUAAUAUGAAUUAUAAUUUAUAAUCAAACCUGCCCUAGUUUAAUGUUUCAAAUUAUAUCACAAUACUUUUGUGUAUUAAAUCUUACACAUAAAAAAAUAAGCAGAUAACUUCAACAAGGCCUUUCAUACAUUAAAAUGUUACAUAACAGAAAAAGACAACUUUACUAAUUAUUGAGUU